AUGUCCAAAUCCAUUUAUGAUAUUCUCAAAGAACUUUUGGUUGAUACAUUUCGUUAUCCCAGUCAAAUCAAAGAUCUUCAAUUUGAUCCUAACUUUGCUAUUCGUGGUCUUCACUAUGAUUUCAAUAAUGGAUGGUUGAUGAAAAUAGAUAAUAUGGCAAAUAUUCAACUGAAUACUGUACAUGUUGGUCGUGAACCUAUCAGGAACAAAAAUGAAGUUGUUGAUCUACACAGAGGAUUACAUAUAGCUCCUGAUUAUUUACGCAACAAUAUGUUCCAAUUGAAUGAUCUAUUUUCCAUACCUCAGGCUUGUAUAUUGAGCGAUGUACUUCAGUAUUUUAGAGAAAAUGGAAUCAGUUUCCAUCCUCGAUAUCUUUGUGAUGAUGUUAGUCAUGCAGCACGAAUACUUCAUAUUGGAUCUCGUUUAACUGGAAUGGGUGGUCGACUCCAUGCAUCCAUCAACAAAGAUAUAGCAAAAUAUUUGGAUCCUUCUCCAAAAUUAGUGGAAUAUCUGCAACACUUGAGAAAAGGUGGGAAGAAAACAUUUUUAAUGACGAACAGCACAUUACCUUUCAUCGAUGUUGGUAUGACGUAUUUGACUUCAAGUCCUGAUUGGCGUGAUCUUUUUGAUUGUGUGAUCGUAUCUGCUGGCAAACCUGACUUUUAUCAUUCUCGUCGUCCUUUCCGUCGUACACGCGAACCUACUUGGGAUGCUGUCCAAAGAUUUGAACCUGGUGAAGUCUAUCAAGGUGGUAAUUUGAAUGAUUUUUCAAAACUGACUGGAUGGUCUGGUCAAAGAGUACUUUAUUUUGGUGAUCAUGUCUAUUCUGAUCUUGUUGAUCCAACUGUACAACAAGGAUGGCGAACAGGUGCCAUUAUACAUGAACUUGCAGAAGAAAUAGAAAUUCGAAACACACCUUCAUAUCGUCAUACAUUAUCUUGGUUACUUCGAUUGGAACAAUUACUGAAAGAAGCUCAAAGUUAUGAUGAACAUAAACGACCGGAUGGACUCAGGGGAGUGAUUGAAGCAUGGAGAGCAGAACGUGCUUGUGUACGAUUGGAACUCAAGAUUGUCUUUAAUCGCCACUUUGGUAGUGUCUUCCGGACUCAUAAUAAUCCAACCUUCUUUGCAAACAAGAUACGAAAGUUUGCUGAUAUUUAUACCUCCUCCAUUACCAACUUGAAUGAGGCCCCUCAAGAUUAUGUGUUCUAUCCAAAUCGAACCUACUUGCCUCAUGAACGCGUUGUGGAAUCUUUGAUUGAUACUGGAAAAGUUGGACAUACUUUUUGA